AUGCAUUUCAAACAGCCAAGCGAACGUCCAUAUGAAGCAAAACGAUAUACCUAUUUGACCGACACUGAAGGUCUCUCAGCGAUUGAGUCGAAUGAGAUGGCCCACAAGAAUUUAUCCGAGAAAAAAAAGGCCUAUGAAAGCCUUGCGAAGGCUUUUGAAGCAGAAGAUAAAGAAGCACGAUCUGCCUAUAAUGACAGUGGUUGUGUCACCGAAGAUGGGUUCAAGAAAUGGGCAGAAGAUAAUCGACCUGACUGGAGUCACGCCCGUUCUCAGCUUCAUGACUCCAUAGUCCACUUGCACAUGAUAAGCAGGGCUAUCUUCGGGAAGCCAUAUGACGACCAAGUGGAAAAGGGGAACAAAGAAGAUGGAAACAAAGCCAUGGAAGCAGGAUUCUUUACGGGUCAUCAUGGGCUGUGA